AUGUCCGCCAUCCGUGCCUUCGCGACCCGUCGCACUCCCUUUGUCUUCGUCCAGCGUGCGGCUUUCUCGCAAUUAAUAGCUCGCUCCUCUAGCAAGGAGUCCGCUCUCCACUCCGAGAACCGUGCCGAGGAGGUCGAGAAGAAGAAGCAGGACGAGAGCGCUCUCAAGGCGGAUCGUUCCGAGACCAGCAAGGACACCCAGCAGCAGAUCAAGGAGUUGCAGGAGGAGGCGAAGAAGGUCAACAAAUAA